CUCAGAAUAUGUCAAUAUUUAUUAGAGAUGAGAAAAUACUUGGAAAUGUACGGUAACAGAGAACAAAAAAAAAUCUCUGUCCCUUCAUCUGAUGUUCUGUGUGUGAGUGAGUGAGUGACAGAGAGAAAGACAGAGAGAGAGAGAGAGAGAGAGAGAGAGAGAGAGAGAGAGAGAGAAAGUUUAAAAGGAUCAGCUGAAGUAAAGCUGUGCUUUUGGAGAGAGUCACGGAUUUGGGCACUUUAUUUGACACUUUAUUCCCGUUCUUGUUUCUUCAUCGCGGUCAUAUCUGACCAGAUCCUUCCUCCUGCUUUGACCACCACUGUGGUCAUGGUGGAGCAGCACGAGAGCAGCCACACUCUUUACCGUCGUCGGCUUUUACGCACCACGAGCGCAUGAAGCUGCGCCUGGAGCUCCGGACACCACCAUGCUCUCCUCCUCCUCCACCGGUUCUUUUUCUAACUACACCGAAAGCGGAAACGGUACCGAUGGCUUUAACUCAGACCUGGACCGAAACCUGACGGAUUUUGAUUCUCAGCUGUGCACAACACUGACCAGAAAUGUGAGUCGUGGAAACGGUUCGGACCCGUUCGGACGGAACGAGGAGGUGGCAAAGAUCGAGAUAACGGUUCUGAGCGUAGCCUUCGUAGCCGCGGUUCUGGGGAACUUCAGCGUUCUCCUGGCCAUGCACCGAACCCGCAGAAAACCGUCACGCAUGCAUCUGUUUAUGCGCCAUCUGAGCAUGGCCGACCUGGUGGUGGCGUUCUUCCAGGUGCUGCCUCAGCUUUGCUGGGAGAUCACAUACCGGUUCUACGGUCCGGACUUUCUAUGUCGUAUCGUCAAACACCUGCAAGUUCUGGGCAUGUUUGCCUCCACCUACAUGAUGGUAAUGAUGACUUUGGACCGUUACAUUGCCAUCUGCCACCCGCUGCAGACACUACAGAAACCCACACAUCGCGCCUACAUCAUGAUCGGCGGUACUUGGGCGUGCAGCCUGGUCCUCAGCAGCCCACAGUACUUCAUCUUCUCCCUGAGCGAGGUCUACCCGGGCUCUGCCGUCUACGACUGCUGGGGUCACUUCGUGGAACCCUGGGGCCUGCCAGCCUACAUCACCUGGAUCACAACGGGAAUCUUCCUGGUUCCCGUGCUGGUGCUGGUUAUCUGCUACGGCUUCAUCUGCCACACCAUCUGGUGGAACCUCAAGUACAAGACCCGAGGGAGAAGAAGCUUGAGCACAGUCGCUGAGCCCACCAAGAGUGGAAUCCUUGGCCGGAGCUCCGUCAGCAGCGUCAGUUCCAUCUCCAGAGCCAAACUGCGAACGGUGAAGAUGACCUUCGUGAUCGUCGUGGCAUAUGUGGUUUGCUGGGCACCGUUCUUCACGGUGCAGAUGUGGUCGGUUUGGGACAGGUCCUCAUCCUGGCACGACUCUGAGAACACCUUUGUGACAGUCUCAGCUCUGCUGGCCAGCCUCAACAGCUGCUGUAACCCCUGGAUCUACAUGAUCUUCAGUGGUCACCUCCUGUCCGACUUCGCCGGCAGCUUUCCGUGCUGCAGAUGCCUCAGGACCAAGUUGGGACACCAGGACUCAGACAGCAGCAUCCGCCGUACUACACUGCUGUCCCGCCUGCACGGCCCACGAAUUACUGGGCCUCUCAAGGAUUCUGAUUUUGUUACGAAAAACUGUCCCCAGGUCCCAGCUACGUCCUAACCACUAGACCAAAGUUCCCAAACUCUGACCUGAGGACCACUGUUGCUACCAUCAUCUUAUUCUUAAGAGCCCUUAGAAAAAGUAGUUUUUGUUUAAUAUAAAGAAAUAUAUAUAAUAAUACAGCAGUAUAACAGUGUUUUUCAACCUUGGGGUCAGGACCCCGCGUGGGGUCGCCUGGAAUUCAAAUGGGGUUGCCUGAAAUGCCUAGCAAAUGGAUAUAAAAAAAUCCUGAUAGAUGGAUAAAAAAUAUUGUUCUUCCUAAAAUAAUCAUUAAUUAUUUGAUGAUUUCUAAUUCUAGAAAAGAAAUUGUCUCUGGAGGCGCCAGAAAUUUGUUAAGAUGAAAAUAGGGUCACAAAAAAACCGCCAAAAAACCACUGGUAUAACAACAUUGCAAACAGCAAGUAGAAAUAUUUUUUCCCUGUUAUCGUAUGAUUGUCUAAAGAAUUUUAAUUAACAAACAUAAAAAACAACAUUUAAAAAUAAAUAUUUAAAAUUAUUUGACAUCUAGUCACAGGCCAGAUGUUGGGGGUUUGUGGGCUAGAAGUGGCCC